AUGCAGCCGGAAUACUAUAUCACCUUCGAAGCCAUGAAGGACCAACUGAAUCAAAGCGUACUGGGCUGUCAGCGUGGCGUAUGCCAAACCGGUGGCGGCGCAGAGGGACAUAACCGCAAAGAGCAGGAUGAAGUCUUCGACAUGGACUUUCUUAUGAAUGCGGAUACAAAUAUAGCUUCGGAUGAUGAAUGCAAUUAUGGCAAGACCGAACAAGGCUCCUGUGACCCCCUAACACGAGGUCAAUCGGACGACAACACAUUAGACGGGGCGGAGGGUUCUCCAUCUUACCUUGUUUACAUCGAUGGGCACCUGCGAGGCAUUUCCCGCUUGAGACAUUAUGAGAUUCGUACAACGAGUGUACUAGAGGGUUGGUUACCAGUGAAAUGA